CAUUUGUUAUUCUGUUUCUGUAAAAAAAAAUGUAUUUUUUAAUUCCACGUCAUUUUCCCUGGAAAAAGGAUUGAAAAUUACAAUUUCUGUUAUUUUUCUUGGUUUUAAAUUGAUUUUCUGUAGGUAAAAUAAACUGUGAUUGAUGGACGUUUACUCGCACACUAUCGGGGAGCAAUAAAUUCUGCAGAAACACUUGAAUUGUGCUCCAAAACGGGAAGGUUUUCUCCGCGCAGAAACCUUUGUGAAAGCCUGGAGCUUUGAAUGUUUUGAUUGGGGAGUGAUGAUUAUGAGAUGCAAUCAAGAGCAAGACGUCGUUUCGGCCCAGAGGACGCAAGUGAGCCAUUUUCAGUAGUUUCCGACGGAGGAGGACAAAUCAACAAUCACGAGCAUCAAAGGGAAGAUUACGUGGAAAAACCGAAAUAUCCGCCGCCAAGUGGAAGCAGCUGGUUACCUUCGAUACCGCAGAAGUUCCUUUCCAGUGUGAUCAAUUCUAGUGGUUUUAACCAGCAGAACAACCAUCAAAUCCAGCCAUCUGUGGACAGAGGCUCGCUGUAUUUCGAGGAAGACGACGACAAGGAGAACGAACCGGAAUUCAUUAUGGCCUCACGGGACCGCAGUACGGAAUUUGCCAACGCGAUUCGAUCGCUCCAGGGCAGGAACAUCCAGAGGGCGGUCAAUGUGCGAGAUCCCCGCAAAGCCAAACAGCUGCAGAGCUACUCCGAGUUUACGAUGAUUGCGAAACACAUAGGGAAGAACAUAGCUAGCACCUACGCCAAGCUGGAAAAGCUGACACUGCUGGCGAAACGGAAAACGCUCUUCGACGAUCGACCGGCGGAGAUUCAAGAGCUAACGUACAUCAUCAAAGGUGAUCUGAACUCGUUGAAUCAGCAAAUUGCCCGACUUCAAGAAGUGUCCAAAUCCCAGCGCAGAUCGACGACCGGGAAGCAUCUGCUUUCACAUUCCUCAAACAUGGUGGUGGCACUGCAAGCCAAGCUGGCCAACAUGAGCUCAGACUUCAAGCAGGUCCUGGAGGUUCGAACCGAGAAUCUCAAACAGCAAAAGAACCGACGAGAUCAAUUCAGUCAAGGACCCAUUUCCAACAGCUUACCGCCGUCGGCAAUGCGAGGAUCAACCCAAGGUAGUCUGCUGCUCCAAGAGCAGCAGCAGCAGGAUCAGAUCAGUAUCGAUAUGAAUGCUUCCGGAGGGCCCUCUUCGGAGCGAGUGCCGCUUCUCCAGCAGCAACAGCAACAGAUGGUCCUGUACGACGAAUCCGACAGUUACGUCCAGGAGCGGGCAGAGACGAUGCAGAACAUUGAAAGUACGAUUGUCGAACUGGGAGGUAUUUUCCAACAGCUAGCCCACAUGGUCAAGGAACAGGAAGAAAUGGUAGAACGAAUUGACACCAAUCUGCAGGAUGUGGAACUGAACGUAGAGGCGGCCCACGGGGAGAUUUUGAAAUACUUCCAAUCGGUGACAAAGAAUCGCUGGCUGAUGAUAAAGAUUUUCGGCAUUUUAAUAUUAUUCUUUAUAUUUUUCGUUAUCUUCCUAGCAUAAGUUGGGCGGGCAGAAGAUAUUACGAAUUGCGGGGCCUGAAUAUAAUUUAUCUUUGUAUAUCUAAUCGUAUUCUUUUAUGUUUAAUGGAUCAACAAUUUUCCUUGAGGUUUAACCUAACAGCAAAAAACAGUAAUAGGAAGCUUGUAUAACCUUAAUAUUGUUAUAAUUUAAAAACGGAUCUAAUGUUGUUUCUGGAAUAAGAGUCCCCAUUGUAAAUAUCGGAGAAAAUAUUAAAACGUCAAAAAUCGGAAUGUAGCUGCUGAAAUAAUUGUGAUCGAAUUGCGUACUGCGUAUUGACAUUGAAAGAAAACUGUUGUAUAUUGCAUGAUAAUGUGAACAGUAAAAUGCAAUCGAAUAAAUUUAUAUUUUAUCCAGAA